UUUUUGCAAACUAAAUUAGCAGCGUUAUGAUAGCGGGGUGGCGAAAAUGUGAACAGCAAAUACACGACAGUGAUAUCAAGAGGUUCACAAUUUGUCGUAUGUUCAAUUUUGCAGCAAUAAGCAGCUUUAAAAGUUACCGGUCAGGGAUUAGCCAGCUGCACAGCUCGAUGGAAGGGGCUCAGCAUUCCAGGGCUGCACCUCUGCGUGUGGAGAGAGUGAGGGGGCCCUCUCAGCUAAUUGGCAGCAAGAGUGACAAAGGUGGUCUGCUUCAAACAAAAACAUAAGACUGGCUGGACCCAGAGCCAAAGGAGGGGGGGAAAGGGGGUUUAGUAGGUGGAGAGAGGAUGAGGGCGUUGAGCCAUUAGAAUUUGAGUUAUUUCCUUUUAAUGUUGCCAUCCUGCGCUGACAUGGCAGGUGAAUAAGGCGAGUGGACUGAAAUUUCCCGAAUCCGUGAAUGAGGAUGAAUAAAGAGGAAGAUGAGGACAGUUUCAUGUCCUACUUGUCCCAGAACAACAUUGAGCUCAGCCCGAAAGACUUCAAUGUAGUGGCCAUGCUCCAUAACUUCUGGGAACAGAAGCAAGUGGGUCACAUAGAGGGAUCCUCCCCCGGAUCAGAUGGUUCUGUGAGGGAUGCAGCGGGCCAGAUAAGAACCCUGCUCCUAUAUGAAUCUGCUGCUUGCCCUGGUCCACCGUUUGUCUGCUAUGUCACACUGCCAGGAGGAAGUUGCUUUGGCAACUAUAAGCUGUGCAACACUCAGGCAGAGGCCCGUCGCGAUGCUGCCCGAGUGGCCCUGAUGAACUCGCUUGUCAAUGAGCUGCCUUGCCGACGCAUCUGCCCUCAAUUUAUCGCUCAGAGUCUGCAGCAGGCCACCAUAGACACUAACGUUUCUAUAGCAGAUGCAAAAGAUUCAAACACACAUAUAGGCACAUACAGUCUGCUUCUCCACUCUUACAUGGGAAGGACCAUGCUGGAGUUCCAGGAGAUGAUGACAGUUUUUCAGUUGCUGCACUGGAAUGGAACCCUAAAAACUCUUAGAGAAAGGCAAUGCUCUCGUCAGAGUGUUAUUGCCUAUUACAACAAGCGUGGUCUUGACGAGUAUAUGCGUAGUAGCAUGGCUCUGGACUGGCUUGGGCGGGAGCAGAGAUCACCAGGUCUACUGGGGGAAGAGCUGCAGUUGGCGCAAAGGGAACUGCUGCUGGCCCGACGUCGGGGCAUCGAGUUGCGGUUCUAUAAGGAAAAGACAGGCAUUCUCACCUUGGCUCUCAGUCAAGCAUAUAUUCACCACGCGCCUGAAGUCUACAGCCAAACACAUGAUAACAAGGACGAACAAGUUCCCUUGCUAACAAUGUUCUCCCACGGGAGAGAAGUGCCGAUAAAGUCAUCCUGCAGUCCAUCACCAACCCGUCAUGAACGCACGGAUCCAGCAGAUUGUAAAAUUUGUGGUCGGAACGUUCCCUCUGAGUGUUCCUCAACCUGCUCAUUUUGCACUCACAUGCAUUCCCUCAACCAGAAUUUCGAGGAUACAUGAAAUGUAAAAGUUUCAGUAGAGUCUCACGUGCAUAUCUAUGCCAUAUUAAUGUCAAGUUAAAUUCUGUAAAAUAUUUACAUAGCACUACACACAAUAGCAGUUACAAUAUAUUUAAGAGCUCAUUUCAUUCAGGAUGGGCCGAAAAUCGAGCAUUUUGAUGCACAAUAUAGGAUGCACACUGACUAUGAGUAAGAAUUAACAUUCUGUGCACUCUGCACUGUAUAAUUCUAGCUGAAUAAUGAAAUUAUACAGCUUUAUGGUAUACUAAACAACUCACUGCCACGUUCUUUGUCUUUUUAUGACAUGUAGAUGUUUGAUAUGAAUCCCAAAAGAAACUGUGAAACAUGUUGGGUGACAAGCCAUUUAUGAUGAUCUUAGAAGUUGUUAUAGAUCUAAAUUACAUAAUUAUCUCAUUUUUAGAGACCAGAUCAUGAGGUUUAGUUAAAUUUCUCUAUUUGAUGAGAUUAGUAUCUAAUACAAUUUUGAAAAGGGAAAAUCUGUAAUAAUGUCUGUCCCUCAGUCAGUCACUGUUUACAUUAUGAUUGUAGUUACUUGUGUUUCAGAUUUUAUUUGGAAUUUUGAAUAAAUAAAAACAAUGUUUUAAGA